AAUCACACAUAUAUACAUACGUUCACAAUUAUAGUUUUAAGCAAAUAAAUUAAUACAGUAUGAUGUUACCAUUCAAAAGAAGAACCUAGUUCUCAAAAUUUUAGCUGAGAAAUUUCUGUCAAUUGCCUUGAAUUACUUCGGAAAUAUUUUUUUCCGUAAUUCCUCUAAAGCCAUGGAUAACAAAUCAGCCCGCCAUAACAUGUUGAAAGCCUUGCAGAACCCGCUGGUACAUAAGUUAAUCACUAGUAACUUAUUUUUUCCUAAUCCGUACCCAAAAUAAUUAGUUUUCUAUUAGAUUCUCGACCACAUUUUAUCCCAGCUCGAACUCCACGACUUAAAAACGUCUCCCCUUGUGUGCCAUGAGUGGAACCAUGUUGCCGCUAGUUUAUUACGAAGGCGUGCUUCCCUCAAUAUCCACAGGAUUCUCUAUGAAACGUCAAGCUUAGACCAAAUGAUCCUGGUGAACGACAAAUUGAAACGCCGCUUAUUAAUCUUGGACAGUUUUCCACUCUACAAGCCAACAUACAGGCCUAUCAACGUCUCGACUCCAAGGGUACACUAUUUCCCGAACAACCCAAACACACCGCAGGUAACCAAGUUCUUGGAAGCACAAAAGAAAUUGGUCAUCACAUUCCUUGAAGGAAUAGCAAGCCUUAAGAGCACGAACAUUCAGCAAGUUUCCAUCGUUAUCCUGCGAAAUUUAGUAAUUCUUCGCUACGUGGAUGAAAUUGAAGGGUAUCCAAAACUUCCAAUUCAAGCUAAUUUAACCUCAAUAAAGUUUACAGCCUAUCCACUAAGACCGGCCGAGAGCUUCCACGUGUUUGGAAUAUUCUUUCAAUUACUUGUCGAUUCGGCACCAAAUUUAAGCUGCUUGGACAUCUCGGGAACAUUAUAUCCGAAUUUAGGAGAGUCGAAAAAACUCAAGGUUUUGGAACUUCGCUUCGAACAAUGUUACCAUGGCUCUACUGAAUUAAACUUGACCAAUCUGACAAGGGUGUUAGGACAGGUUAAGGAUUCUUUGACAGAGUUGAAAUUUCACUACGUUGGGACAAACAAUUUCAAUGUGGCAAUGGGCGAAAAUCUUGAAGUUCCUGUGAUGUCGGAACUUUACUCUCUCACCAUUCCCUGCAUAGAUUCGUUUCAAAUCCCAAACUUUUUUAAUGAAAAACACCUCCCAAAGUUAAAAAACCUCCGCAUUACAAAAAACAAUUUGAAAGAGUGGAACUUUUUAGCCCAUCUAAAUCUAUGGCAGCGACACCGCGGAGUUCAAUAUAUCCUCGUGGAACCUGGUUAUCGGCCUUGCACGAGCAUCGAAUUUUCGCGAAAAAUUGUACAAUUAUUUCCCGCCGUGAAGAAAUUUAAUUUCACGAUAUCCCUUCCUGCCGAAGAUUUCGUACAUAUGGUCAACCCAAUAUUGGCCCCGUUCAAAAUGUGGGAUCUGAGGGAGGUCACUGUUUUCAUGGACAGAGCCGAGGAAAACUCCAUGUUGGUCGAAUUCUUAAAAAAUAUAGCGAAUUGGAAGGGCGUUAAAAGUGCCCAGUUUAGAUUCAGCGACCGCACUUUCCACGACCUCUCUACCUGGAUGAAUGAUAUUAUCUUUCAUCGUAGGGGAUUUAAAAGCGUGCAGAUUUCUCAGAUGCUUGGCCGUUGUGUAUUUGCUAUUGGUCCAGGAUUGUGAAAAGGAAGAAAGGACCAAAAAUGAAUCCGUAACGGACGGAAAGCUAAA